UCCUCCUCUUUGCACAUCUGAGGGCGGCCGCGGGGCUGGCUUCCCCCUCCCGGAGGUCGCCUUUGUUUUCCCGGUGUCGCUCUCCCGAGCAGCCGGGGGGGGCGGGAGGGGACCGGGGCCGGGCUGGACCGGCCGCCCCUUCUCCUCCUCGCCCCGCCGGAGCCCGCGGAGUUGGUGCGGUUCCCCGGGGGCCGCACUUUCCCCCCCCCCCCCCCGGCCCGGGAACUGAGCACCCGCCGCCCCCCCCGGCCCGGGACCCCCCAUGGCACCGCCGCGAUGUUCGCGUCCCGGGUCCUGGAUUUCCAGAAGACGCGCUACGCCAGGUUCAUGAAUCACCGCGUCCCGUCCAACCGCAGGUACCAGCCGACGGAGUACGAGCACGCGGCAAACUGUGCCACCCACGCAUUCUGGAUUCUGCCCAGCAUCCUCGGCAGCUCCAUCCUCUACAUCCUCUCUGACGACCAGUGGGAAACCAUCUCAGCCUGGAUCUAUGGCUUUGGCUUGUCCAGCCUCUUCAUCGUCUCCACCAUCUUCCACACCAUCUCCUGGAAGAAGAGGCAUCUCAGGACCAUGGAGCACUGCUUGCACAUGUUCGACAGGAUGGUGAUCUACUUCUUCAUCGCGGCAUCGUACGCUCCCUGGCUGAACCUGAGGGAAUUGGGUCCCUGGGCCUCCCACAUGCGCUGGAUCAUCUGGAUCAUGGCAUCUAUCGGGACCAUCUAUGUUUUCUUCUUCCACGAGCGCACGGCAGUGGACAUUACAGGCGUCAAACUCACUCAACGCUCCCUCUGCACCUACCUCCAAGCAGCUUCUCUGUCGGUCGCAGGUACAAGCUGGUGGAGCUGGUGUGCUACGUCAUCAUGGGCUUCUUCCCUGCCUUGGUCAUCCUCUCCAUGCCCAACAGGGAUGGCCUCCCGGAGCUGGUGGCCGGUGGACUCUCCUACUGCCUGGGCAUGGUCUUCUUCAAAAGCGACGGUCGCAUCCCCUUCGCCCAUGCCAUCUGGCACCUCUUCGUGGCCAUUGGAGCUGGCAUCCACUACUAUGCCAUUUGGAGGUACCUCUACCGGCCUGGCGCGCUGGAGACUAAAACGUCCCGGUAGACACCUUAAAGACAUCGUUUGCACCAACUGGCACGUGGGGGCGUGGAGGGGAGCGGGGAGGCAGCCUGCACCGUGGGCUCGCCCCAAAUCACCCGCUCGCCCCAUGGGCAGCAGCUGCCGGUGCCCUUCCUGCAGGGACAGGAGAGCCUGGAGGUUGAUUUUAAACAGAUUUUUCUUUUUUAACCUCCGGAACUGUUUAUUUUUUUAGACAAAGGUUUUGUAACAUGGUGACCGACCGCCGGGCUGCGGGCGAUAGGGAAGCGACCCCUCCCUCACCCGCCUGACCCUGAGCAUCCCGUGGGAGCAGAGGCCCUGUCCCUACAUGCCCCUGGCUAGUGACACCCUGGGUUUGGCUACUGGAACCCUUAGCACGGGCCACCCAGGGGACUGGAGGGGUUGGAAUGGAGGGAGAGACCCAGCCUCUUUCCCCUGGGAGGGGGGCACGUCAGCACCCCUGCACCAUCGGGGCUCGGCUCCUAAAUGGUCCUAAGUCAUGUCAGCAUUAACCGCCCCCUCCCAAGUUCUUGACGGGAAGGUCCGGAGUCAACAAAGCCUUACAUGAGACUGAAAUUUGAAUCUCUUCCAGAGUCCCUGAGCACUGGAAAACCCUUUCUCUAAGCCAGUAUUAAGUGCACAACUUGGUACAUGCCCCCAGAUGGGCCCUGGGUCAUUCUCUCCCUGGGGUGCUUUGUUUUCCUCUCCUGUCUCAGUGCCGGUGGCAGCCCUGAAGCACGGCCCUGCUCCCGGGCUCUGCCACGCACGUGCCUUCGGUGCGGAGCAGAGGGGGGAUCCAGCUCCCGGCAUCCACCUGGCUGGGGUCAGCCCAUCCGCAUCAGGGGAUUUUUCUUUCUCCUCAAGAGAGGGAAGCGAACCUCCUUGGAUUGGGAUCACGGGGCUGCCUGCCUUCUCUGCUCCCGUUUUGAUGAUGAGCCUAUUGCUCAUCAUCAGAUUUAAUUCCGCUUUUGGGAGGAUUUCCGACAUUCCCAGGAAUGCUGCAGGGAAGGGACGCAUCCAUGUGGUGCUUGGAGGUGAGCUGUGACGGGGACAUCCUAGUGAUGCUUGGUUUUUAAAUGCCUAACCACAGCUCCACACUGCUCUCCAAGGCAGGAUAAUGAGACAUGGAGCACCCAUCCAGCCGUCAGGAGCAUCCCCGACGGUGCUGGAAUGGGAAAACCAUACCCGGUCCUACUCCCCAAACACACCGGCAGAGGUGCUGGAGCCAGGAGGGUCUGGGACAUGCUGGGCUCUGGUCCGUGCCGGGCUCUGGUGUGUGCUGGGGUCUGUGCUGGGAGCGGGCGGGCAGAGCAGCGCUGCUCUCAGUCCUGCCUGCACCUUCCCCAGGAGCCCCCGAAGGCAUCGAUUUCCCAUCACAUCUUUUUGGCCUCUGGAUUAAUCGCAACUGCGGCAGCCUUGGCACGAUGUGGCAAGCGAAGGAGAUUUAUGGCCACUGUCCCACAUCUCCUGUUUCUCCGGCAGCAUGCCGAGGAGCUGAGCUCCCAGCUCUGCCCCACCACCCGCAGAACUUAGAAUCCCCCCAGCCUGUGCCGCUCCAGGACCGGCUCUCCAGGGCCGUGCCAUCUUGCAGCAGAUUACCAAAGAGAAAGCAUCUGGAUACUCAUCCCCUCCUGACGUGGUGGCUGUGGUCACCAGGUCAGCAAAAAAAUCUGGUGGGUUUUCACCUCCAUAGGCAGAAGGUUCCUAGAAGGGGCUCUGGGUGCUGUGCCCAGCACCCCAGCCUGGCAUGAGGCUGCUGGGGGGGUCUCUGCCCGGGGCACCCCAAAGCAGCCUUUGGGCUGGGCUGCCUCUCAGGGUGACGGGUGGUCUUAGGGACGGGGGGUGAAUGACUCGAUGUGAGCCCGGUCUCUGCUGCUGCCUCUCCCAGGCCCCCAGGACGCAGCCCUUGCUCUGUCACCUACCGCAGAUGGAGGGGUGGAGAAGGACGAGCUGUGAGUAACCAGCAGUUGGUGGAGCAUGUCUGGGGUUGGAAUAGUGGGAUAUGGGGGCCCAGAGUGGGAGCUGCCAUUUUUGCUGUCUGGCAAGUCAUUACCCUUCUCCGUGCCUCAGUUUCCCCAUCUGUAAAAUGGGGGCAAAGACACCGACCUACCUCACAGGGCUCAUGUGAGGACCCCGUGAAGCACUUGGAGGACAACUAGUGCUUUACAAACACGUGCUUCAAUUUUCACUGAGUCUGGGGGCCCGGAUUUCCAGAGCCACCGUGGGGCACGGUGACAACUGUGGCUCAGUGUGCCCAGGUCUCCUGCUCCGUCACUAAAUCCCACGGGGGAACCACCCUGGGGACAAACCGUGCACACAGCAGUCCCAGAUGCCGGGCAAACAUCCCUUGGCAGGGGCUGAGGAUGCCCAGGGACCACCAUUCUGUUUCGUCUGCGGGUGUCAUCCCACGGGAUUUAUCUCGGAAGCUGUUUUGCCACUGGGGGCUUUUGGCCCUAAAUUUGUCCCGGGGGCUCCCGAGGCCCAGGGAGGUGACAGAAGGACUUUUCCGAGGCUACUUCAUCUCAGCCUCCUGCUGAAAACCCAGGGCAGAUGCCUGGGUGGGAAUGGGUGGCCAGGCUCCAUCGGGGACAUUGCUUCCUAAAUCCUUCCCUUGCAAAGCAGGGUGGGGGGCACAGAGCAGGUUAUCGGAUUGUCCUCCUAUUUUAUACUAAUUUUAAAUGACUCGUAAUAUUCAGGAUGCCUGUGGAGGAGGCUUCGAGGGAUCUUUUUAGCAUCUCGUGUUUUUCACCAUCCAUUCUUGUUCAAUCAGUAUUUUAUAUUUAACGCAGUAUUGGGUCAAAUAAAAUAUAAGGAAGAUAACGCUAGUGAAUAUUGUUUCCUGUGGAGUAGGAUUGAAAUAAAAACUCAAGAUACCUCA